CCAGGGCAGAAAAGGACCCCUCCCGUUACUCUGAGGACCCGGUUGGCGCGACUGCAUCACUGCCGGAUAGCAUGCCGGGCCUGGGCUUCGAGAGGCUCAUCAGGCGAAAGGGCGUGGAAGCCACUGGGACCUUAAGACUCGGUGGGCCCUACCCCGCUUCCCUCCGGGUGGCGGCGCUGUGACGAGCGACUGACAGGCGCAACGAAAGGCAGCCCUCUGCCGUCUGGAGAAAAACGGGAGGCCUGGGCUACCCCGCCUCGGGAGGAGGGAACCGAGGGCAGCGCUUGGGGCGAAGGCUGAAGGCGCGCGUGGGAGGCGGGGGCCCUGGGUGGAACGAGGGUUACAGGAUGUCCGAGAAAGAUGCCUCACGGGAAGAGGCGGGCUAAAGCCUGGAUGCCAUCACCGGCCUCAAGACACGUGGGAGACGGGGAUGAGGCUGGUGUCAAAGCUCAAGGGUUCCAUGCCCUGAGUUCAGGGAGUUAGUUUGAUGUAGGAGGCCAUAGGUCUCAUACAGGUGAGAAGGCUCGAAGGGGCGUCACAAACCUAGGGAGUCGAAUCUUUUGGGAGGGUCGAAGCUUCCCUAGGGAACAGCUCCAUCAGGUUAGAGUUCAAGAGGAUGGCAUCUUAUGGGGGCAAGGAGAGCCUGUCAGAAGUCACGGGAUUAGCGGGCCCUUUAAUGCUGUCGAUAGAUGAGCGACUUCACUUGAUUUACUAUUCUGUCAUGCGUGCUACUCUCUUGACCAGAGGGAUCCCAGUCACUAUGGAGGACCCGCAUCCUGAAGAGACCAUGGAGCAGCAGGAUUCGUCCAAGGAGAGGAGUCCCCGCAGUCCAGGAGGCGACAUCUGCCACCUGGGGGCCCCGCAGUGCACCCGCUGCCUCAUCACCUUCGCCGAUUCCAAGUUCCAGGAGCGUCACAUGAAGCGGGAGCACCCAGCGGAUUUCGUGGCCCAGAAGCUGCAGGGGGCCCUCUUCAUCUGCUUCACCUGCGCCCGGUCCUUCCCCUCCUCCAAGGCCCUGAUCGCCCAUCAGCGCAGCCACGGUCCAGCCGCCAGGCCCUCCACGCCAGUGGCGCCCACCGCUGCCCAGCCUACAUUCCCCUGUCCUGACUGUGGCAAGACCUUUGGGCAGGCUGCUUCUCUGAGGCGGCACCGCCAGGCGCAUGAGACCCGCACCCCUCCUGGCCCCUUUGCCUGCACUGAGUGUGGUCAGGACUUUGCCCAGGAAGCGGGGCUGCAUCAACACUACAUCCGGCAUGCCAGGGGGGAGCUCUGAGUGAGGGCUAAGCCCUCCCUAGGGCAAUGGGUGUGGGGGAGGGUUCUUUGGCUGCUAGAACCCACCUCUGAUAUGGGAUGGGGGCCUUGGAAGGAUUUGCUUCCCUCCCUGGACAAGCAAAGGACUCCUGAUAAGUAGGACCCAGAAGAUGCUCAUCUACAUACAGCUUCAGUCUUUGGAGGACACAAAGGCCUUCAGGGAUAUAGUGAAAUUAGUGAAAUCUUUUGUUUAAAAAAAAAAGUGAGCAAGCAAAAGGGAAAACUGUUAUUUGUAUCUCUCUCAUUCCCAAUUAAAUAGUUUGAAAUCACAACUAGCUGCAGAUUGUGUAAUCACCUUUAAUUCUUCCCAGAUGGGUGGCAUGAGCUGUAGGAGCAAAUUCCCCUGGAUGUGUGCCUGAAAGGGGGCGGGGAAGGUGAGGUGUUGCGGGGCCUGUAAUGGCACUGGAAGGGUCCCAGAUGUGGAGUGACUUGGGCCUUUGGGGACAGGAUAGCAAAGUUGGGCGCUGUACUCUUGAGUCAUGUGGGGGUUGCAAUUCAAGUCCUUGUCUUCUCCCACCUGUCAGUCUUUCCCACUCAUGGAGGGGCCAUGGUAUUGGAUGGAUUUGGGCUCCCCCCCAAUAAUGUAUUGCCUGCUUAAAUAAUUUUAUGUACU